CACCGCUGCCCAUCACCACAAACCCGAUCCAACACCGCCAGAGCUCUUCGUCUGUGUCUGCUCUCACGCUGCGUCGUGCACUGAACAGGGCUGCGGUAUAGCUGGCGGUUCACCCCGGCACUAUUGAUCACCGCGUCUCUUUCGGCGUUCGUCUGCUGCUCAGACUAGUCGAAACAAGACUCGAGUACUUCCAGCCUUUCGCCAUCUGUCGUCGGCAUGGAGAGAAGCGGCAUCGAGACCCUUCUCGAAGCGGCUGCUUUAGACGCGGCCGAGUUUUUUGGUCAACCACCGGCGCCCAAUCGUCCUCCUGAGAGCGCAUACUCGGAGCCACAGAAUUACGGUCCGUCUCUAGCUGGCCAGCAACAACAACAACCACAACAACCACUCACUCACUCGGCGGUCACCUACGACAACCGGCAGCAUGUGCAACCAAACACUUCGCGGAUGCUACCGCUUCCACUCUCUCACUCAAAUCAAAAGGUGGCCGCAGUUUACUCUCCUAUGAAUUCUCCUGAUGUCGCGUACGCAGUCUACACUGCGUCAUACAAGCACCCAUACCCCGUCGAACAACAGCCAUCACCAUACACACCCUUGGAGCUAUCACCGGCAUACUCCCGGGAACCUCCCUCAGACUCAAAAACAAUCGACGUCAAAAGCGAUCACAGCAGUCCUGCGGAAGAACAACCAAGCUCUCAAUCCCAGCAAGAGGUUUGGGACAGCUGUAAACUCUGCACUCCGGAAACAUCGCUGCAAGGUCAGGUCGAUUGGAUAGAGUGCAGCGUUUGCCAGACUUGGUAUCACUACUUUUGCGUUGGACUUACCGCUAAGAACGCAAAAAAUGUCGAUGAGUUCCACUGUCCUCCAUGUGUAAAGACGCAUGGCCCUUCAACUCUCCUGCGAAAAUCCAAGCGAAAGCACGCGCAUAUAGAUUACGCUGCUCUCCAUGAAGGCGAAGGUCUGACAACAGAUCAACACCCAUACUGCCAGCUGAUCAAAGACCGAGCGUUCACUCCCGAAUCAUUCCCACGAAUAAGCGGCCACGAGCUCACCAAGGACCUUGCACGCUCGGGCGGCAUUUCUCAACCGGUUAUCAUACCUGGUGAUAAGAUCGAUGGGUUGGGUUUAGAGGUGCCUGCUGGUCUCACGGUUAGGAAAGUGGCCGAUCUUGUUGGUCACGAUACGAAAGUCGAGGUGAUUGAUGUGCCCACUCAGCACGAAUCGCCAAAUUGGGAUCUUGGAAAAUGGACAGAUUAUUAUGAGACAUCAGCCGAAGCACGAGACAGAGUACGGAACGUUAUCAGUCUGGAAGUCAGUUAUACGAAAUUAGGCGACCUUAUUCAGCGGCCACAAUACGUCAGGGAGACUGAUCUGAGCCAGAUAGCAUGGCCCGAAGAUCUGAAGAACAAGGGCCGAUGGCCUAAGGUUUCUUUAUACUGUCUCAUGUCAGUGGAAAACGCCUAUACAGACUACCAUAUUGAUUUCGGUGGAUCCUCAGUGUUUUAUCAUGUUAUCGAAGGGACAAAGGUGUUUUUGUUUGCUCCUCCUACUGCCGCCAAUCUGUCAAAGUACGAACACUGGUGUCUUUCAAGUGAUCAAAGCAAGAUUUUCUUUGGUGAUAUGGUCAAAGAAUGCUAUAAAGUUACGCUGCAGAAAGGCGAUACAAUGAUCAUUCCUUCUGGCUGGAUUCAUGCUGUUUUCACACCUACAGACUCAUUAGUGAUUGGCGGAAAUUUUCUCACGUCCCGGGAUCUUUCAAUGGAAAUCACAAUCUCCAAGAUCGAAAAGAAAACAAAAGUUCCUCGAAAAUUCCGGUUCCCGUUUUUCUCAAAGUUGCUCUGGUACACCGCGAGCGACGUAAUGAGACGAUGUGCAGAGUCUCCCGAUGCUUUGAAUGAGAUCAAGCAGGACGCAGUCGAACUCGGUGGACUAGCUGAUCUUGCAGAGUACAUACACCAAGAAGCCCUGAUAGCGACUGGUCGGAACGAUUCUGCGACAGCGCUGGAGGUAAAGGCUGCGAAAAAUUCGGUAAUCGGCCUUCUGAAGGACGCGGUGAUUUUUUCCAAAGUGUUUGGGAACUGGGUGUCGACCGUCAGCGAUGGGAAACAUACUUUCGAUUGGGCGUCUAUGAGUGAAGAGGAAGAGGCAGAAGCCACGUUGAGAGGCCUGAGAGAUCUAAAAAAUAGCGGGAAGAAGAAACAGGCAAAUUUGCGUUCUUCGCCGGCAGAUGCUGCGGUUGCGAGUCCUUCGGUUCCAGAUGCUGUGGAGGACAGCACAGUCAAUCGGACGGCCGAAGAGGAUGAGGUCCGGGUUAAGACUGAGGACGGGCUGAAGGCCGAUGUGAACAUGGAAAAUUCAGAUGAGUUGAAGUCGGAGUUUUCUGCGGCUGAGAAGUCACAAGCUGCUGUUGCCGAAGAUCACCAAACAGAUAAAGAUUCUUCUGAAGCCAUGGUUUUGAAGGAGGAGAAAGCAGAGAGAGACGAAAACCUGUCAACCGGUGCGCCACAAUUACCGAAAACUGAAGUCAAACAGCUCGAUAUGAAUCUCAGCUCAGAUCCUCCCCUGGAAAGCGACGGACUCUCACCACCUCCUGCGACCGAUGAUCUCGAAGCUGAGGAGCUGGAAGAAGCAAGACGGUUGAAUGAGCCCGAAAUCAAGUCUGAAAACCCGCCACUCUCCAGUAGCGUUGACGAAGACGGAGGCCAGAGCUUAUAUUCUGAAGAGCAAGGUGAAGAAGAAGACCCUGCGUACGACUCUGACGCUGUUAGCGAGACGUCUACUGUGAUUGGCGAAGAAGUGGUUCAGAAUAUUACGAGCGAAGAGGGAAAGAAGAAGAACUACAAAAUCUAUGAAGAGCUGAUGCAGCUUUACAGUUCUCGAACGCGACGGAGUAUGCAGGCUUUACAAGACCAGUCCGUGAACGGAACAAGUUCGAAGAAGAGCCAUAAGGACCGUCGGAGUUCAGUGCCUGCGAAGCGGAAACACGACGGGUACGACGACGACGAGGAUGAUGAUUCCGAGGCAGCGGCGACGCCGAGUCGACGGUCGCGGAGGAAAUCUACGCCGGGCGGGAAACGAAGCGCGCGACAGCUGUGCGAUUCCAGCAACGGAGCAGUGCGCACGUCGCCCCGCCAGAGCGCGCGCAAAAACGAAGAAAGCAGCAGCAAGCAGGCAGUCAAGCGUGGCCGAGGACGGCCUCGAGGACCAAACAGUAAACUCUACGCGAUGGAGGAGAAUCAGCAGAAGCGACAGACUGUUGCUCGGGAUCGUACGUCAGAGAGAUCGUCGUCGAGCGGUAGCAAGCGGUCGUCGAAGAUGGCGGAGGAGGACGAGGUGAAGGAAUCCGAGGACGACGUUUUACAACGGUUGAUUCGAGAAGCUCAGCUUGGAAUCCGAUCCCGUCGGUGACGCACCCUACACCUUCUGCAAUAUUUUUGUAUACUGUUCUACCUCUAUUUUCACCUUCACUAUUUCUUCUCACCAUCUUUCAUCUUUCAAACCGUCUUUCCUGUAUUGUUUUUCUUUGAUCUUCAAACUGGUUUAGUUCUUUGUUCUAAUAUGCUGAACUUUUUUCCUAUCGUUUGCCAAAGCUUUGUAUUUUUAGUUAAUUAGUCUUUUAUUCGCGCUGGCGACAGUUCUAGCUUUUUUUUUUAUUCUUUAUGUAUCUUUCGGUCUUUUAAUAUACCGCUAUGGAAUCAA